AUGCCCUCGACGCGAUCAUCCCGCGCAGCGAUCAAGGACACGACGGACGCGGUGAAACCUACCGAUCUUGAAGGAAGAGCCAAUGCGAAUACUGUAAUCGCGGUGGAAAAGAAAGGAAAUCAUCGCUCGUCGCAACGAUCGACGAAAGCGUCGUCGUUGGUGAAAAAAGAGGUGCCGCCGGCGGCAGAUAUUUUAUCAAACGAAGGAAGAGGAAAACAACAACUGAUGAUGCGCCAUCAGUCGCAACAAAAAUCAAACUCUGGCUCCAACGAGAACAAUAACAACACCCAUACGCACACGAAUAACGAUAACACCGAUAACAACAAUAACAUCAACGACGUGAACGUCAACCGAGAAGGAGGACAAAAGAAGGAAAAGUUAUCGGUGAUGUUAAUCGAAGACGACGUUCCGACGCUGUUGGAGGUGCAAUCUAUGCUUUUGCGAGCGGGCGCGACGGAGGUGCACACGGCGUCGAGCGGGAAGAAAGCGCUGGAGUUUUUAGAUCGAGAUUCGAAGAAGGAUAUCGAUUUGAUUUUCGCGGAUAUCAUGAUGCCAGAGGUGAAGAUUGACGAGGUGAAGCGGGUUUUGAAAAAGAACGAGAAGUUGAAGGAAGUGCCGGUGAUUGUCAUGAGCACGGUGGCGCAGUACGAUUCGAACAACGAUUCCGGGCGGAGAGAAGGUGGCGGAAGCGGGAACGGCAGCGGGAACGACUUAGUGAACGAAUACGGUGGGAGUUUAGAAAUGGCGGCAACGACGACGAGGUCUUCCAAACGCUUAAAGACGAAUGAUAACACUCCUCAAGGAAAAACAAACUCAAACGAAGUUUUACAAAAGCCGUUGUCCUUUCGAAGAGUUGAAAACGUGGUGUAUUCGCACAAACGCUUGUUGCGUUCGCACAAUUCUUCGUCUUCUGAAGCCGAAAAGCAGCAGCAGCAGCAACAGCAGCAGCAACAACAACAGCAGCAGGAAGAAAACGAUGCGACAGAAGUCGAUCCCGCGAAGACUCUCGCCAAUCCAAACGGGGAGGUAAAAGCUGACGGGGGAGAAACGAAAGAAGGUUCCGCCGGCGGUUCGGGAGGCGGAUCCGGAAACGGUUCCGGUGGCUCCGGUCCAACUACCGUCAAGUUGAUUAACAACGAAUCUUCGGAAGAAGAUUUACGCAAGAAAUCGAGCGAUGGUGUGAACAACGCCACCGGGGCUGCAGUCGCGCCGACGACCACCGCCUCGGACGAGAAGACCAAGACGAAAGAUGACGCCGGCGGCGUGACCACCGCUCUUCCAUUAAACGACGUCGGGGGACUCGCAAAGAACAAUUUGCAACACAAACAAGUCGAUGGGAACAGCAGUCCGCCGUUAGACGCGGACGUUUUGAAAGUGCGACGAGCGGCGGCUACGGCUGGGAACGAGCGACGACGAAACGACGAAAAGCGUUGGAGAAACAAUCGAACGCACACGCGCGACGACGGCGACGGUUCAGACGAAGGUUCGGGUGCUGGUGGACGAAAUCGCUCGAGAAGCUUUUCCGCGGAGGACGACAAGACCGAAUCUGAUUUGAAACCACCGACGGUGACGAGAAAGAAACGUUCGUUGCGCGGCUCCUCCGCCGGCGCCAAGAAAGUCUCCGGCGGUUCUGGUUCCGACGAAGCCGGUUUAGAAGGCAAACUCGCAACGAUUGAUGGCGCGACGAAAGUAACCACCGCUGGUGCUAAAGCUGCCGAAGGUAAAGACCAUCCAGGUUUAGCCGUCCAGCUUAUGAACGAACACGACGGCCCGACUGCGCUUUUGCAACUCGCGCUCGCCGGUUCCGCCAUGGAUUCGAACGCCUCCUUACGUAGAUCACAGUCGCGCUCGGCGUUUCAUGGGAUUAUCGAAAAGACGCAACAGAAGAUGCAAACUCAGUUUCAGAAAGUCGCGGCGGCAAAAGGUAAGACAACAACGUCGGCGCAAAAGAAAGGAAACGGCACACCGACGAGAGCCGCCAAGACAACCGCGGGUGGUAAGAACGACAAGAUGAUGAUGACGAUGAAUAAUAAUAAUAAUAAUAAUAAUAACAACAACUUUGGUAACGUCGGAUUAACCAUGUCCGCACCGACUGGGUCAAUCGAAACAGAAGAAAUGCGCAAGGCGAGAGAGUUGCAUUCGAUGCAGCAACAUCAUCAAAACGCGUUGUAUUUGUUUCACACGCAACAGCAAAUGGCUGCGCAGCAGCAGCAUCUCAUGCGCCAAAUGUCGAACUCGCCCGGUGUACCCGGCGCCGCUCCUGGACAGUUUCCGAACCUCGCUGCACACAUGGGAGUAAUGGGUGCGAUGCCGCCGAUGCAACCGUUUGGGUUCCCUCCGCCGCACGGUCAGCACAAUCCGUUUAUGAUGUUCCCGAUGCAAUCGUUUCCGCCGCAAAGCGAAUACGUGAAUAAUUUUUUCCAAGGUUUAGCGAGCACCGUAGCAACGCAACAUCCGCAUCAUCAAAUGCACAACCACAUGCAAAAUAUGAAUAUGAGUCAUAACAUGGGUGGUGCGAAUGGUGCGGGGAAUAAUACUGCUACCGGUACAAACAACGGAGGAAGAACGAACAAGAAGGAUAGUAACAAUAACAACAACAACGUGUCGACGUGCGCGGACCGUCGGGCGCAAGCGAUUGCGAGAUUUUUGAAGAAGCGCAGAGAGCGAAAGUUCGAAAAGAAGGUUAGGUACGAGAGUCGUCAGAAGUUGGCCGAGUCUAGGCCGAGAGUCAGAGGACAGUUUGUAAAGUUGGACAAAUCUUUGAGCAAAGAGCAACAGCAAGAAGUGAUUGAAAAGAUGAGACGCGAGGGCGAAAAGAAAGCUGGCGCGAAACCGACAUCAACCGCGACUGUUGCCGCCGGUGGUGUUGCCGAUAAAAGCGCAAGCAAAAAGCAAUCCUCCGACGAAAAAGGCGGUUCGAACGACAAAAGUAAAAGCUCUUCGAAAGAGUUGAACACGACGUCCGACGACGACGACGGUUCCGGCGGCUCUCUCAAUAAUCUCACCUCCUCGGACGAGAAAGGAUCCCGAGGACGAUCGAGCAACGAAAGCAAAGAUGGUAUGGACAACGACAUCAAUAACAUCAAUAACUCAUCGGAGAAAGGUUCAGACGGUCACGACGGAAGCACGGAAAGAAGAGAGACGCCUUCUGUGUAA